UUCGGUUUCGGUUUUGUGAUUGUUUUGAUUUGAGAUUUUUUUUCUUCAUGUUUUCUUAAUUGUUUGAGGUUUGGUUUUUAAUUGUUAAUUGCAACAUUUUGAUUAAUCAAUCAUGUCUCUUUAUCGUGGAUUCAGUUUAAUUGCUCGAGGUUUGACUUCAAAGCGUUUCUUGACAACUUCAGCUCCAAGAUUAAGUGAUAAUCUAUUUGUCCAUAGGAAUAAUGAUCCUGAUGUUGAUAAAUUUGAUUGGAAUUCUGAAAAUAAAAAGAAAGCUGAAGAAAUAACAAAAAUCUAUCCUGAAGGACAUAAAGCAGGAGCGAUUAUGCCUUUACUUGAUUUAGCUCAGCGUCAACAUGAUAAUUGGUUACCAUUAAAAGCGAUGAAUUUUGUAGCUGAUUAUCUGAAGGUACCUCGAAUGAGAGUAUACGAGGUCGCAACAUUUUACACAAUGUACAAUCGUCAACCAGUUGGAAAAUAUUUCGUUCAAGUUUGUACUACAACUCCAUGUAUGCUUCGAGGGGCUGAUGAUUUGUUCAAUCAUGUUAAAGAAUUGUGUAAAGAUGACAAGCUAUUCACCGUGAUUGAAGUUGAGUGUCUAGGUGCUUGUGUUAAUGCACCAAUGAUGCAAAUCAAUGAUGAUUAUUAUGAAGAUUUAACAUUAGAUGAAGCCACACAGGUUAUAAAUGACCUUAAAGCCGGAAAGAAACCAAAGAUUGGUCCAGCAGCGAGUAGCGGUCGACAAAAUUGUGAGCCUAAAGGAGGUUUAACAUCGUUAACAUCCCCACCGCCUGGACCUGGUUUCAAAAUUAGGCCUGAUCUUUGAGCGAAAUUCAGAAAACAGCAAAAAAAUUGUUAUCUAUUUAGCCAAUAGAGUUGUAAGUUAAUUGCAAAUAUUACAUCAAGUGUACGGUAAUGAGAUACCGUUCAAAUAAAUCAUAAUUGUACAUUUAACAAAACAA